AUGAUGCAACAGCAGCAACAUCAGCAGAGGACUGAUACAGCAUUGCAAAACAUUGAAAGGCAGAUUGGGCAGCUUGCUAACAACAUUAAUCAGAUGCAAAAUCAAGGAUAUGGGCAAUUACCUUCACAACCGACUCCAAAUCCUAAAGGAAAUGUGAGUGCAUUAACUCUUCGAAGUGGGAAAACAAUUUCAGACCCAUAUUCAAAUUUUUCAGCUAGAUCACAGCAAGGCAUAUCCAGGACAGCUUCAGAUUUGACUCAACAGAAUUUCCAGAAUUUUCCAGCAAAUUUAGAGCAAUCAGAUUCUGCACAGCAUGGGAUUACUGCAUCUGAUCAGCAACAUUUCAAUCAACAUGCAACUUCAGAUUAUGAUCAAAUUGAUGGAGCAGAUUUUAGUUUGGAUUUUACCCCAACAACAGCUCCAAAUUCAGCUCAAAAUUCAGCACAGAACCUGGGAAAUUCUGGGCAGAAUCUGGACAGAACUUUUAACCAGCAUGAAGCCGAAUAUUCUAUUCCAUUACCUUUCCCUCAAAGAAGUGUACAACCAAGGAAAGAGAUGGAAGAAGAAAAGGUGAAAGAAUAUCAAGAAUUGGUGAAAUUGUUCAGCAAAGUUGAAGUGAAUGUGCCUUUGCUUACCAUGAUUAAGCAAAUUCCAAAAUAUGCCAAAUUCCUCAAGGAUCUUUGUGUGCACAAAAAGAAAUUGAAGGGAAAUGAAUUGAUAAGUAUGGGAAAGAAUGUUUCAGUAUUACUUCAGCCAGUUCCUCAGAAGUGUGAAGAUCCAGGAGUUUUCACCGUGCCUUGUGUGAUAGGAGAUUGUAUCUUUGAGGAUGCGAUGUUAGAUCUUGGAGCUUCUAUUAAUGUGAUGCCUAAAUCAGUUUUUCAGUCAUUAAGAAUUGGACCUUUGCAGCCUACAGGUGUAGUGAUUCAGUUGGCCAACCGUAGUCAAGCACACCCAGCAGGAGUGAUUGAGGAUGUAUUGGUAAAAGUGAGGGAGUUAAUUUUUCCUGCAGAUUUUUUCAUCUUAGAUAUGGAGGGAGAUGUGCUUGCGAACAGGGCCCCACUUAUUCUUGGACGUCCAUUCUUGAAGACUGCUAGAACGAAGAUUGAUGUGCAUGCAGGAACUCUUUCUAUGGAGAUAGGAGACACAGUGGUUAGAUUCAGCAUUUUUGAGGCUAUGAAGCAUCCUAGAGAGGAUCAUUCUAUUCUUAGCGUGGAUAUCUCAGAGGAGUUGGAUGGCAUGGAAUUCUUGUCAGAUGUUGAUUCAGACUUAGAGGUUUGUGAUUUUGGUAUGGAGAAUGAAUUCGUUGCAUUAUUGGAAGAUAUUUUAGAUGUGGAAUCUGAUGUUAACUUAAGUGAAUGCACACAGGAGGAAUUGAAGCCAUUGCCUCAGCAUUUGAAGUAUGCCUAUUUAGGAGAGAAUCAGCAGCUACCUGUCAUCAUAGCUCAGAAUUUGGAACCGGAUCAGGAGGAACGAUUGUUAGAGAUUCUGAGACAGCAUAAAAAGGCCAUCGGAUGGACUUUGGCAGAUAUUCCUGGGAUCAGUCCUUCCAUUUGUAUGCAUAGGAUCUAUUUGGAGGAGGAUGUGAAGCCAGUGAGACAGCCACAAAGACGACUGAACCCUUUGAUCUUGGAUGUGGUAAAGAAGGAGGUGACUAGACUCUUACAGGCAGGCAUUAUUUAUCGGAUUUCUGACAGUAAAUGGGUAAGUCCCAUCCACGUGGUUCCGAAGAAGUCAGGGGUGACAGUGGUAGCUAAUGAAGAAAACGAGUUGGUUCCCACGAGAGUGAAGAAUUCCUGGAGGAUUUGCAUCGACCCAGAGGACCAGGAGAAGACGACCUUCACCUGCCCUUUCGAGCAUGGCAUUGUUUUAGGUCAUAUAGUCUCUAGGAAGGGCAUUGAAGUAGAUCCUGCUAAAGUUAGUGCUAUAUCUUCUUUAUCUUACCCCGCAUGCGUGCGGGAGGUGCGAGCUUUUCUUGGUCAUGCAGGAUUCUACAGAAGAUUUAUUAGAGACUUCAGUAAGAUUGCUCUACCAUUAUCUCAGCUACUUCAGAAGGAUGUUUUGUUUGAUUUCGAUCAGGGGUGCAGAGAGGCUUUUGACAAAUUGAAGGAGGCUCUUACUUCAGCACCUAUUAUCAGACCCCCAGACUGGUCCUUACCUUUCGAGUUGAUGUGUGAUGCUUCAGAUUAUGCAGUGGGAGUUGUACUGGCACAGAGAGUGGAUGGAGCACCACAUGUUAUUUGCUAUGCUUCCAAGACUUUGGAUUCAGCUCAAGCAAACUACACAACAACAGAAAAAGAGCUUCUUUCUAUUGUUUUUGCUUUAGAUAAGUUCAGAUCAUAUCUUCUUUGUUCUCAUGUGAUUAUUUUUUCUGAUCAUGCAGCUUUGAAGUAUCUCCUCAUGAAGCUUGAUGCAAAACCUAGACUAAUUAGAUGGAUGCUUCUGCUUCAAGAAUUCGACGUAGAGAUACGUGAUAGGAGCGGGAAGGAGAACUUGGUUGCAGAUCACUUGAGCAGGAUUAAAGGAGACUUGGACCAUUCGGCCAUUGUUGAUGAUUUCAGGGAUGAGCAGCUUCUACAGCUGCAGGGUGAGUCUCCAUGGUUUGGAGUACCCAGGGCGAUCAUUAGUGAUCAAGGGUCUCAUUUUUGUAACAGACACAUGAAGGCUUUGCUACAUAAGUAUGGGGUUACACAUAAAGUUUCUACAUCCUAUCAUCCUCAAACAAAUGGGCAAGCAGAAGUGUCUAACAGGGAGGUGAAAUCAAUUCUUGAAAAGACUGUGAGACCGGAUAGGAAAGAUUGGAGCAAAAGACUUGAAGAUGCACUUUGGGCUUAUAGGACCGCUUUCAAAACCCCUAUUGGAAUGUCCCCUUACAGGAUUGUGGCGUAUUGGGCGGUUAAAGCAUGCAACCUUGAUAGUGACACGGUUGGAGAAGAAAGAAAGUUGCAACUGCAAGAACUUGAAGAGAUUAGAUUGGAAGCCUUUGAGAACUCACGGAUUUAUAAAGAAAAGGCCAAGAGAUUUCAUGACAAACAAAUUGAAGUGAAAGAGUUUCAAAUUGGUGACAAAGUACUUCUAUAUCGAUCUCGUCUCAAAUUGAUCAAAGUGGUUGAGAUCCAGGAUUUGUCUACUGGUCGGGUUUUCAAAGUUAAUGGACAAAGGCUUAAAAAGUUUCAUGAAGAAGUGAAGGGCUUGGUGGUGGAGGAAAUGGAACAUGUUGAUGCUAUCUACCCGAGAUUGCAAGGGGUUGAUACUAGUGAUGGAUUCUUGAUUGAUGAAAUGAUUGAAUUCCGGGAGCUGUGGAAAAGCUGCUGGAAUAAGUGCAGUGCUGAAAUGUUGUACCAGUUUUGUAUCAAAUUCAGCUUUGCAAAAUUCGAAAUGAAGGAAGCCUAA